AGACUUGGAGCUCUGAAAACCGCGUCGGGCUUAAUUCGUGUCGCUCACUCACCGACUCGAAGUCUCAUGCAACAAUCGACUGCGCUCUUUGUAAGCUCUCAUGGAUAUCAAAUUGGCUUCUGGGAAGACUCGCGAACAGUGGCAGAAGCUGGAAGUAACCAUCGCCCGAGCACACGAAGCAGGCUUCUCCUACGAAAAAGACAAUGGGUUCAUAUACUUUAAGCAGAAACACUGGCGCAUUGGGAUCGAGUGCCUCCGCGAAGUCUUUCUCUCCGAAGACGCUGAUCCUGAUGACGAAUUCUUUGUGGACGCUCAUGACUUCGAUUGGGACUUCCUUAAGGACAAGUCGUGGUAUGAGGCGCAGUCAAACUUCUACGGCCUUCGGUUAGGCAAUGUGAAGAUGAAGACUCUGCGGAAUCUGCACCACGAUAUGGCCGAGUUGGUCAAAUUGGGUGCGUGCGACUCUCCACCCAAAGAUGUAGCCGCUUUCAAGGCGGCUUUCUUUGAGAUGGACCUGACACGGAGAACUCAUGUCGAGAUCUUCAAUGAGCUGGAACGGCUGGAGGACCAAAUCGAAUUCGAUAUUGAUCUCUUCAUAGAGCGCUACUUCGUAAGAGACGGAACGCCCACCCCACACAUCACUCCCGAGCCGAUGGUACUUCGCAAUCUUGUUGAAGAUACUAGAGAUCAACUACCUGGAUUCCUUGACAGCAUCUACGGUCUUUACCAUGAUAUCGUGACACCAGACGAUGGCGAUUCCGAGAACUACACCAUUAUUGCCUGGAGCAUAGAAGCUCUCAACGAGGCAGUGAUUUCAACUGAGCUUUCCUGGAGGGCGAGAUGCGAGAAAGCGAUUGCCGAAGGCAGCGUUCCAGACGAUUGCGCGGAUGAGAUGAAGAAGCAUUACAACUAUGUCUUCAACAACCUUGCGCCACCAGAAAUUGAGUAUCGCAUUGACGGAAAGAAUUUCUUAAUUGAACAGGAAGCGACUCUCAUGCGGCUUGAAGAUGCCCUUGGCAGAUUCAUCGUGAAGUCCCCCGGGAUGGAAGAAGCAUAUACACCUGUGGACCCGGGGCCUUUUCACCUCAAGAUCAGACCUCUUUCGUCGCCAGUUGAGGACGAUGGCCUGUUGGCGGCGGACAUGGACUUCGGUCGUUUCACAGGGACCAUGAUCCUCUCUUUCUCCUAUGACCGGAUGGCGACUGUCCAGUCAAAGGCUGCGAAGCCGACAGAAGGUUACGAAAUAAUAAACGGCGUCGACACUUUGUGGGAGGGUCUGUCUAAGAUGAAGGAUUUUUCUCGUGAUGACACGAAAAAGGUCAUUAAGCAGGCUCUCCGGCGAGCGGAAGGACCAACUGAGUCUGGGGUUCCACAGCGAGACUGGCGACUGUCAACAAUGCGCAAGCCAAACCCAUGGUUUCCUCACAGUGGCUCUCGGCGGCUUUACUUCUGUUCAAAGGGCGUCGAUGAUAAAGGGACCCAGUGCCACAAGGGUGUGCUCGAUUUCAACCCGUCUUGCACCCGGUUUCAAGGCCUCAUCUCAGUGAAUGGAGAUCUACUCAAGUUGAAGGGCUACAGGGCUGAAGACUACUCGCCGCCGCAGUGGAGUAACGACGCGCAGACGGAAUCGGAGGAGGAUGGAGAGUCCGACGAAGAUGGAGAGUCAUCUACGUCUGGGGAGUUGUCACGAAUCAGCAUAUAGAGUAGCUCAUGGAAAUCGGGACCUCAACUGUGG